CGGAGUAAUAAAAAUUGGACCUCGUUCUUCGAAGUCUAGUCGCUCUCACUAACGUCAAACUAGCUUGUUUACUCUUUCACAAAUCAAAACAACAAAAUUCGAAACCAAAAACAAAAUCACAUCCAACAACAAGAAGAACAAGAAAGAGUAGCCAUUUUUGCAAUUCCAUUUUCUCUCUCCUCCUUUCCUCCCUGCAAAUUACAAAGCUGCAAAACUUUUUAAUUUCUUUCUUUUUCUCUCCAGAUUUUCUCUCUCCUCCUUUGUAAUGAAAUGAAAUCCCACCAAUCAAAGAGCUGCAACUAUUAUGUACUUCCAAUUUCACGAGUUUAGGUAGCAGUUAAUGCUUUUGUCCCCUUUUAGAAACACCAUCCCUUCCUCAUUUACUGCUAUCCUACUACUCCACUCGAACAAAAACUCAGUGAGGAGUAUCACUGUACUACUAGUAGAACAAUACCACCAACAACCACCUCUUGUUCUUCAAACAAAACCCUCCCAAAUCUUUCCGAUGCGGCGGUGGCGUAAUUAAAUGGGGUGUAUUAUUAGCCGGCAACCCGCCGGAACUCCUCCACCGGCGAAUGAAAACCCUUCACAUCGGCGUCGUGCUUCUUCUCUUUCCUUAGGAAGGGAAUCGCUUUCCCCUAAUAAUAGCAACAACAAGCUUCCCCGACAUUCGUCUAAUUUCUCCACAACUGAGCUCCGUCGACACGUCAUUGACCCUUACGGCGGUGGACCCACUACCCACCAUGGCUGGCCCACUUGGCUCGCUGAUGUUGUUGGUGAUGUCAUCGAUCGGUUCUCUCCUCGCCGUGCUAGCACCUUCCAGAAGCUCGAUAAGAUUGGGCAAGGAACAUAUAGCAAUGUAUAUAAAGCAAGGGAUUUGGUAACAGGGAAUAUAGUUGCAUUGAAGAAGGUUAGGUUUGAUAAUUUAGAACCAGAAAGUGUAAAGUUUAUGGCAAGAGAGAUUAUAGUAUUGAGCCGUCUUGAUCAUCCUAAUGUUAUCAAGCUUCAAGGUUUAGUAACUUCAAGAAUGUCUUCCAGUCUAUAUUUGGUUUUUGAUUAUAUGGAGCAUGAUCUUUCUGGCCUUUCUGCUUCCCUUGGUGCUGGUAAUAAGUUCUCCGAACCUCAGGUGAAGUGUUUCAUGAAGCAGCUAAUAUCUGGGCUUGAGCAUUGCCACAGUAACGGCGUUCUGCACCGUGACAUUAAAGGGUCCAAUCUCUUAAUUGAUAAUGAAGGGGUUCUUAAAAUAGCUGAUUUUGGAUUAGCUACAUUUUACAGUCCCAGUCAAAAGCAACCCAUGACUAGUCGUGUUGUCACCCUGUGGUAUCGUCCUCCAGAAUUGCUUCUUGGAGCCACUAACUAUGGUGUAGGUGUUGACCUCUGGAGUGCUGGUUGCAUUCUUGCAGAACUAUUAGCUGGGAAGCCAAUUAUGCCAGGACGGACCGAGGUAGAGCAGCUUCACAAGAUAUUCAAGUUGUGUGGCUCUCCAUCUGAAGAGUACUGGAAAAAAUAUAAGCUGCCGAAUGCUACACUUUUCAAGCCACAACAGCCAUAUAAGCGUUGUAUUUUAGAGACCUUUAAAGAUUUCCCUUCUUCUUCUGUCCCACUUGUAGAUGCACUUCUUUCAAUCGACCCUGAAGGACGAGGCACUGCUGCUGACGCCUUAAACAGUGAAUUCUUCUCCUCUGAACCUCAUGCUUGUGAGCCGUCUACUUUGCCAAAGUAUCCUCCCAGCAAAGAAAUGGAUGUAAAAAUACGGGAUGAAGCCGCGAGAAGGCAAAGGGGUUCAAGUGGAAAAGCUAGUGUUGGUGAUGGUGCCCGGAGAGUUAGAACACGUGACCGGGCUGGCCGUGCAAUUCCUGCCCCGGAAGCCAAUGCUGAGCUGCAAACGAAUUUGGAUAGAAUGAGAUUUGUGACGCAAGCAAAUGCAAAGAGCAAAAGCGAAAAGUUCCCUCCACCCCAUCAAGAUGGAGCUGCUGGUGUCCCUCUAGAUACAUCAAAUAAUGGUCCUUUAUCCUUUGGCGCAAGAGAACAUUCCUUCGAUACAUCACAUUUCAAACCAACAAUGUCAAAAUCCAGAAGCGUAACACCUGUUGAAGGGACCUCACGGAAGAAGAGAACCAGUAAAGAACCAGAACUAGCUUCAUCAUGGAAAUUCUUCCAUGCAUGGAAACCGUCAACCAUUGGGGUAUCUAUGGAUCUAAUGUUCAAGGGUAAAGGAUCGAUGACACGAGUAUCUAGCAGUAGAAAGUAAGCAAGCAAGCAUCUUCAACUUAUCCCUUUUUUCGCAAAAUGAAGACAAGGGACAUUCUUCAAUCAUAAGUGUUACCAUAAAAGUUUAGUUUUGUAAGUUAUGGAGGUGUAGUAGUAUGGAAGAACACAACAUCAGCUGGAAGUUUUUGUAUACUAAUACACAAAAGUAGUUGUACAGUUGGUCAUAGCUAAUGCUACCAAUUUGAUGUUCCUGAUUUUGUCAAUAUGAGGACCAAGUAUUUAUUUAUUA